ACACAACCAACGGGUUCUAUCCGAGGCGCGUAUCAUCAGCGUUGUCAAUUAUCGUCUGUGGAUAGGUCCCAAUACAUCUGGGCCUUUCCAAUGGCUUCUCCUCUGGAUGAAGAUGUCUUCGACAGGCUCAAGCAUACCGAAGAACAAGCUAAGAAAGCGGAGGAGCUCAACGCUCGCUUGCAUUCUCAAUAUGAGAAAGCACAAGCUCGACAAGCGGAGGUGAUUGGAAGCAAUACGACCCUCCCGGUUACCAUCUCAUCCGUCCGCGUCCUGAACGCUCAGAAUACUCGAAAAGGGUUCCUCCACGGCGUGUUCCGACCAUUUCUAGAGGCGAAUAAGAAGGAGUACUAUACUCUGUCAGAUGCCCUGGAGGAUAUCGGGAUCGCACAUCAUAGACUUCGCAAAUUCGACAUUUUCCGAGACCCGAUUUCCGUAUACAUCGACCGACCAGACCCCACGGAUCCUUCAACGACACCGACCGACAUCGACGUGUAUUUCUCCGUCAAGGAACGGUCCCGGUAUACAAUCAAGACCGGCACUGAAGUUGGCCAUGCCGAUGGCUCUGGCUACGCCUCAGCGAAUCUCCGCAACCUAUUCGGUGGUGCGGAAACGUUGACUGCCAACGCCUCGGUUGGCAUCCGAACUCGCUCAGCUUACUCCGCCGCUUUCGAGACCCCGAUCCUAUCGAACCCCGACUUCAGCUGGGAAGUUGCUGGUCUUGCCAGUUCGACAUUGAAGAGCUGGGCGAGCCAUGAGGAGGCUUUGAAGGGUGGUUUCACGAAACUCAAAUGGCAGACGUUAAGCGGCGCUCAUAAACAUGAGUUUGGCUACUCCGGUUUGUGGCGCCAGAUUACAUCGCUUGCAUCCAACGCAUCCCCAACAGUGCGUGCAGAUGCAGGUGAUUCCUUCAAAUCCGCACUCACUCAUACAUGGACCCAUGAUCUCCGUGACUCCAGGACUCUACCAUCCAGGGGCUAUCUUGUCAAGACGGUCAGUGAGUUGGCCGGUUUGGGUCCGCUUCGAGGCGACGUUGCUUUUGCAAAGCUCGAGGGUGAAACGCAGGCCGCUAUUCCUAUUCCGAUCCCUGGCAUCAAAGGCGAUUCAGGGGUGUCUCUCACCGCUGGUUUCCGUGGCGGUGUUCUCUAUCCCUUGGCACUGGGCGGCAGCGGAAACAACCUGCCAGUGCACUCCCGACUCUCCGACCGAUUUCAACUGGGCGGUCCCACUGAUGUUCGCGGGUUCCGGUUAGGUGGCCUAGGGCCGCGCGAUGGCCCUGAUGCGGUUGGCGGAGAUGUGUAUGCUGCCGCCGGGGCAAGUUUGCUGGUCCCUUUCCCGCGAGCCGGUCCGGAGACACCUUUGCGAUUCCAAGCCUUCGUGAACGCAGGACGGCUGCUCGCAUUGAGGAAAUCGAAGGGAGGUGAAUCAUCGAUGGAUAAUGCUGCUGUUGCAGAGAGUGUCAAGCAAACAAUUCGAGAGUUGGCGGACGGGUUGCCGAGCUGCUCGGCUGGUGUGGGGAUUGUGUAUGCGCAUCCGGUGGCGCGAUUUGAGUUGAAUUUUAGUCUACCAUUGGUGGCGAGGAAAGGGGAAGAUGCAAGGAAGGGCAUUAGUUUUGGAGUAGGGAUGGAGUUCCUAUGA